AUGUCUGCUAUCCUAACAGCAUACCAUGGAUAUGUUGCUCCCCUUUUAAAGUAUGGUGUUAUGUUCUGGGGCAACUCAAUUGGAGAUCCACAAGAUGAGCACGACCAUUUGGUUCAUCAUAACUCGACUGACGUCCUUAAGUUUAACGGUUGGAAAGAAGAAUACGUAGUAGAACGCACUCCUACUGGGCGGUGCAUCCGGGUGCGUGGCGGAGACUCGGGCUGGCGCAAAGUGGAGACACUUCUGGCACGCGUGGUGCAUCCACAAUUAGGCUACGGGGCCGACUUGCCCCGGGAGAAACUGCACGCCUAUACUGCAUAUCUGUACAUAGAAAAGAAGCAGAUUGUUGGCUGCUUAGUUGUCGAGCCCAAGAUGAAAGCCUACAAGUUCAUCCCGGGAGAUCCCGACUGUUGCAGCGUAGAGGAAUACCCCGUCAAAUGCGGCGUGUCCCGUAUCUGGACGCACAUGCAGUACCGGCGCCGCGGGCUUGCUCGGGCGCUGCUAGACUGCGCACGCGCGUCCUUCCUCCACGGCGCGGCGCUGCAGCCGCAACAGCUGGCUUUCAGCGCGCCCACGGCCGCCGGCAAGGGACUUGCUGCUAAGUACUGCGGGACUGACAACUUUUAUGUCUACCUCGACUGAGAUACCUGGACUAUCAUGGGACUAAAUUACUAUUUUGGAAUAAACUUGGCUUGAUUAUUAAGAUUUUACUGGAGCAGCCAUAACAGCUGGCUUUCAGCGCGCCCACGGCCGCCGGUAAGGGACUCGCUGCUAAGUACUGCGGGACUGACAACUUUUAUGUCUACCUCGACUGAGAGCUCACACCUGGUCUAUACAUUGGCGUUUAAUAUUCGGAUUUCAUCAAAAACCAGCU